CUGCGCUGACCUCUGACAGCCGCUCAUGGAUCCGCUGCUCCCUCCCUUCACAAACAAGGAAGCAGCAUGGCGUCCAACAGCAGCGGCAGCUCCGACAGGCAGCGGGUUGCACAGCAAAGACUGAGAAUAAUUACCGGACAUUUACAGGGACGAGAGGACGGGGACUCCACCAUCAUAGCCGCCGAGUGCAAAGCCGAGGGCAGCCAGACAGAUAUCUCCAGAGAGGAGGGGAAGACGGUGCCGAGGAGAAGGCAGGAAAUCAUGAAAUGGAACGGCUGGGGAUACAGCGAUACAAAAUUCCUCUUCAAUAAGAAAGGUCAAGCAGAAUUUACAGGCAAAAGGUAUAGGCUAAGUGGUAUGAUCAUCCCUGCUCUGAAGGAAUGGUUCGAAGGCACGUUUGGGGCCAGUAUGCAGCAUAAAUCUCCAGCAGCGCCUGUUCUGAAUAGCGGUGCUGUACAGCCUCCCACUCUAAACGAGGCCUUCUUGGAAGAACUGAAAUCCACAGGUAUUCCCUUCUCUCAUGACGCAGAGGACCGGGUGUUUCGGGCCCAUGGACAUUGCUUACACGAGAUCUUUGCUCUGCGAGAGGGGAAAGUUGGUCGUGUUCCGGAUAUGGUGGUAUGGCCAAACUGCCACGAUGAUGUGGUGAAAAUAGUUGAACUGGCGUGCAAACAUGAUGUUUGUUUGAUACCAUAUGGAGGAGGGACGAGUGUCUCUAGUGGCCUCGAGUGCCCACCAGAGGAAACUCGCUGCAUUGUCUCCGUGGAUACCUCACAGAUGAACCGCAUUCUGUGGAUUGACGAGAAAAAUUUAACGGCCCAUGUGGAAGCUGGCAUCGUCGGCCAGGAUUUGGAGCGAUUGCUUAAUGAGAGCGGCUACUGUACGGGCCAUGAGCCUGACUCCAUGGAGUUCAGCUCCCUGGGGGGGUGGGUAGCAACCAGAGCGUCAGGCAUGAAGAAGAACAUCUACGGCAACAUUGAGGACCUGGUGGUGCAUGUAAAGAUGGUGACCCCUCAAGGAGUGAUUGAAAAAAGCUGUCGAGGCCCACGCAUGUCCACGGGGCCAGACAUUCACCACUUCAUCAUGGGCUCAGAAGGAACCCUGGGCGUGGUUACAGAGGUCACGAUGAAGAUUCGUCCCAUGCCAGAGUACCAGAAAUACGGCUCAGUCGUAUUCCCUAAUUUUGAGCAGGGAGUUGCCUGUCUUCGAGAGGUUGCCAAACAGAGGUGCGCCCCAGCGUCGAUACGACUCAUGGAUAAUGAGCAAUUUAAAUUUGGUCAUGCCCUGAAGCCUCAAGUAUCUUCCAUGUUCACAUCCUUUCUGGACGGCUUGAAGAAGUUUUACAUCACCAAGUUCAAAGGGUUCGACCCGGACCGCCUGUGUGUGGCCACCCUGCUGUUUGAGGGGGGACGGGAGAAGGUCCUGCAGCACGAGAAGCAAGUUUAUGACAUCGCUGCCAAAUUUGGGGGGCUGGCAGCUGGAGAGGACAAUGGGCAGAGGGGCUACAUGUUGACCUUCGUCAUCGCUUACCUCCGGGACUUGGGGAUGGAGUACUAUGUGAUCGGGGAGUCCUUCGAAACCUCUGUGCCCUGGGACAGGGUGUUGGACAUUUGCCGGAACGUGAAGGCACGCGUCAUUGGGGAAUGCAAAAACAAAGGAGUGCAGUUUCAACCGUUAUCCACAUGCAGGGUGACUCAGACGUACGAUACUGGUGCCUGUGUCUACUUUUACUUUGCCUUCAACUACAGGGGACUCAGUGAUCCAGUACACGUGUAUGAACAAGUGGAGCGUGCAGCGAGAGAAGAGAUCCUUGCCAAUGGAGGGAGCUUGUCACAUCACCAUGGAGUGGGAAAACUUCGGAAGGAGUGGAUGAGAGAGACCGUCUCCGAUGUCGGCAUGGGGAUGCUCCAGUCUGUCAAGGACUACGUGGACCCCAAGAACAUCUUCGGAAACAGAAACCUUCUCUAAAUUCCCCGCUCACCUUUAUCUUACCUUUUUCUAAAAAAAAGCAUCUUGUGCAUCUUGGGAUUAAUUGUUACUAAAUGUGAACUAAAAAUGCACAGACAUUUUUCAUCAAAAGUGUCAAUCAGUGCCAUUUAUUGAUUCACCAAAACCUUUUAUUUUACGUUAUAUUGCACUAAAUAUGCUGUAGCAAUCAUCCUCACUCACGGUGAAGAUCAUCUUGCUGUUUAAUCACUGCCUCAACUUGUUGUUGGAGCUACAGCCAUGAUGCAACAAAACCUUUUAUUUGUUGUCAUAUUUUCUUACGCAUUUCCUAAAUAUUCUUGCCAACAUGGUUAAUUCUUCUGUUUGUUUUUACUUUCGUGUGUGAGUGUGUGUGUUUGGCACUUCUUUAGUAAGUUCUAAGUGAAUGCACUUUCUAAAGCUUUUGUCUGCCUUCCCCUUGUCCUACGAAACACUCUACUGAGUCGCUUUGUGAAGCAGAAUGAACUCGGACAUGAUGUUUUCCGUGUCUUGCCCUCAUGCCUUCUGUUGUACUGACCUAUUGCCAUAAGAGACAUUUUCUGUAAGUGACUGUAAGUGUGUGCCUCUGCCUCCUAAUUUUAACAGAGCCCCCCUUUCUAGAAGUACAGUGAGAUUACAAAGAGAGAUAAUCCUUGUGUGUUUAGUUUUUUGUAUUGAGAGCGUUUACCUUUAUCGUGGAGACAGUGAAGUGGGGGGGGGAAAGCCAUUGCGUUUUUCCAUCACACCUGAUUCAAUGUGACCCCGUUUGCAGUUUAAGGCCUCUGGAUCCCGGUGCUCACGUCGUACCAAAGACUCAACAGAUCAGAUCAUGUAAACGUUUUAAAUAACUUCAUGCACAGCUGAACUAUAUUUUUUAAUCAACAUAUGCAAAGAUAACCCUUCUGAAAGAAGUAAAAAUGUAGAUAUUUGUUAUAUGUGCUAAACCUUUCUACAUCAUGUUUCUUAUGUUUAAGACACUGUAUUGAAUCAUAUCUGCUCCAUACAGUAGAAUGGCCCAGAAACGCAUAUAUUUUCCCUUGUUACUGUACUGUGUAAAGGUUUUGGGAUGGAUACUGUAAUGUGCUACAAUUUGAUACUAGACUUGUACCAUUUGUAAUUGUAAACCAAUGAUUUGGAAGCAACGUAAAGCUGUAAGAAAGCAGUUUGCUGAGAAAUCUCGCCUUUUCCCCUUUCUGAUCUAUGAUUUGCAUUCUCCUGAACCAUCGUCCUUUUUAAUCCAUAAUAUUUCCCAAGAUAAAAGGACUCAUUAGGGACCUGUCAUGUGACGUUUUACCUGUGUCAAAAAAACGUGAGCUUUUGAACGUUAUGGAUGUACCUUUUUGUUUUUGUUAUUUUCCACUUCCUCCUAACAACGUCAUAACAACCGAGUACAUUUUGUCUAUGCUGUUCGUGCAAUAAAUUGAACUAAAACAUCC